CUAAAUUUGUGAACGUUUUCCAGUCGCUGGAGCAAGUGUCGAGUGUUUAUGACACGUUGAUAAAAUAUGAAUAAUUAUUUUAUUUAUUUAUUGUGCGGGUUGUUAAAUGUUAGAAACAUCGAUGCUUUCAAACAAGCUCCGGACACAUCUUCGAUGUCUGCGUACUAUUACGAGCCGAAAUCUGGAUUACCUUUCCGUAUCACAUCGAUCAAGAACAGUUUGAUGAAUGCGUCCCCAUUCAAUGACCAAUCAUCCACUAAGACCAGAGCAAUUCUACGUAGGAUCGACUACAGGGCCAACGGCUGCACAUGCCACGGCCUCUCUUGCGGCUGCUGUCUUGGAUUCAAUUUUCAACAGUUUAAUUUCAACAGAGAAGGAUGCAUGAAUUUUACAUACGACCCCGACGAUUUUUCGAUAUCUUUGAACAUGCUGAUGAACGAAAACUCAGUUUUUAGUAACACAAUUUCAGCGAAAAAUCCGCCGCCGCUUUGUAUACCGCUCCCGUUGCCGUACAUACCCGUAUCGGUUGAGAUGUGCGCCAAACUUUUCGACAUCCACACGCCCGGUCAAAAUUUGCACAUGUGCUUAGAUUUCGAGACGCGUUUCGAGCAUGCGUCUCUAUUAGUUUUGCAUUUUGAUUGCAUGAGAAUGGGAAUGGACGGAGUGGCUUUGGCUAAGCCAGGAGAAGUGCCACCAUCGCAAUUAUCCACCACAACUACCGAUUCGCAACUUAAUCCGGAUAUCUACGACAUCGUCACCGAAGUCAACGAAGUUCAGAUCACGGACGACAACGUUAUUUAUAAUAAAAAAAAUUAA